AUGUAUGUGGAAGUAAAUACAUUGACUUUUGGGAUGCUGUCUAGAGUACUAAGUGACCUCCGAAUAAAAUGUAAAAAUAACCUGUCAAAUUACCUUCUCUGCUCUGGUUUUUAUCAGGUUGUCUACAAAGUUUAUCUUAAAGAAAAUCAUGUUCUCAAGAGAAAUGUUGAUCAAAAACUGAGAAUUAAGACUAUAUAUGACAAAAGUGUUGAGGAUUUGCUUCCUGAGAAACGACACCUUAUAAAAAACAAACUUUUUCCACAAGCUAUUUCUUAUUUGGAGAAGACUUUUCAAGUUCGCAAACCAACAGGUACUAUUUCAUUAAGCAGGCAAUGUGCAACAAACCAGUAUUUAAAGAAGAAAGGCGACCCUCAUAGAUAUUGCCGAGGAACCUGUGCAGAACACACAAGAUGUGGCCCAGUUAUAGUUCCUGAGGAACACUUACAGCAAUGUAGGGCAUGUAGUGAAAAUGAAUGGCAUUGUGGACCUGCUGGCUUAACAGACCACGAAGGAGUUCGAGAUGCUGAUUUUGUACUUUACGUUAGUGCUCUUACUACUGAAAGAUGUGGCCAGGAAAAUAUUAUUGCAUAUGCAGCCUACUGCCAAUUGGAAGCAGAAAUGGACAGGCCAGUAGCAGGAUAUGCUAAUUUGUGUCCAAAUAUGAUUUCUACUCAAGCUCAGGAAUUUAUUGGACUGCUUUCUGCAGUAAAACAUGAAAUUAUUCAUGCACUGGGUUUCUCUGCUGGGCUAUUUGCAUUUUAUCAUGAUGAUGAUGGAAAUCCUUUGACAGCAAGAUAUGCAGAUGGGUUCCCACCUUUUAAUGACAGUCUAGGUUUGUAUCAGUGGAGCAAUAAGGUCAUCAGUAAAGCAGUAAGGUUAUGGGAUAUACGCGGUAAUAAGAUGCUGCGCCAUGAUGUAUUUCUUCUAAUAACCCCUCGAGUCGUUGAGGAAGCUCGGAAGCAUUUUGACUGUCCAAUCCUAGAGGGAAUGGAGCUUGAAAACCAAGGCGGCAUGGGUACUGAGCUCAAUCACUGGGAAAAGCGGUUGUUGGAGAAUGAGGCAAUGACUGGAUCCCACACACAGAACAGGGUCUUCUCCCGGAUUACCUUAGCAUUAAUGGAGGAUACAGGCUGGUAUAAAGCCAAUUACAGCAUGGCAGAGAAAUUAGACUGGGGCCGAGAUAAAGGCUGUGACUUUGUGAUGAAAAGCUGUAAAUUUUGGAUUGACCAAAAGAAAGAGAAGAGGCAAUUGGUGAGUCCAUACUGUGACACUUUGAGGAGUAAUCCACUGCAGUUAACUUGUAGACAGGACCAAAGGGCAGUAGCAGUGUGCAAUUUACAGAAAUUCCCAAAGCGGUUACCUCAAGAGUAUCAGUACUUUGACAGUCUUAAUGGAGUACCGUCAGAAGAUUUGCCUUAUUAUGGUGGCUCAGUAGAAAUUGCUGAUUAUUGUCCCUUCAGUCAAGAAUUUAGUUGGCAUUUAAGUGGUGAAUUUCAGCGCAGCUCAGAUUGUAGAAUAUUGGAAAAUCAACCAGAUCCUUUUAAAAACUAUGGUGCAGAGAAAUAUGGACCAAACUCUGUGUGUGUCAUUCAGAAAUCAGCAUUUGUCAUGGCACAGUGCAGAAAAAAACUUAGUUACCCUGACUGGGGCAGUGGAUGUUAUCAGGUUUCUUGUUCUCCCGAAGGGUUAAAUGUUUGGGUCAAGGACACAGCAUAUUUGUGCAGCCGCUCAGGUCAAGUGUUAACUGUCAGCAUUCAGAUGAAUGGUUGGGUACAUGCUGGAAAUCUAAUUUGUCCAGCUUGUUGGGACUUCUGUGAUUCUUGUCCACCUGAACAGGAUCCUCCAGCUUCUAACAUAACAAGAGCACCAUCAAUUGAUUUGUGCUCCUGUUCCUCCAGCCUGGUUAUAACUCUCUGGCUGUUGAUGGCUAAUUUGAUCCCUUUGCUGGCAGGAUUUCUUCUUUGUGUGUGGAGUUAGAUGUGGGUAAAAAAUGUACUUACUCCAAGACUUCACCAUCAUGCUGCAUCCCUCGAGUCAAGAGCACUACCAUAGUGCAAUAUCUGCAGCAGUCUCACGUGCAAUAUCUGCAACAGCAGUCUCACGUUGAAUGAUUGCCUUUUGGUCUAUCUCAUGGCAAUUAGUACUUCUUCUGGUAGCCAAGAAGGUGCUGACUGACAACAGCAGCUAGCUUUUCAGAGGAUGCAAAGUUUACUAUGUUUUCUCAAGAAGUGCCAGUAUUUUCUGAAUUCAAGCCUUUACUUUUAACAGUAAUAACUGGGGGAUCAAAUGUGCUAGCUGCAUUAGGCAAACUGACAUCUCAAUCGCUAGUGAUAUAUAUGUAUGAAAUGGUAAGAACCCUUCUUGGACUUUAUUUUGCUAAAUUCUCUUUGUAAAUGGUAGCAGAGUGGUUUUUUUUAGCAUCCUCAAACUGGAAAUAUAUCUCAAUGUUUCUUUAGUCAAAAGCCAUGUAAAAAUCAGUUGCCAUCACUGUUAGGAGCUUGGGCUGAAAUCGGCUUUUACUGAGUCUUGCAAUUUCAGCUACAGAGAGACAGACACACACACAAAAUGAUAAGGCAUUGCUGCCAAAACACCAUUCUGUACUUUGAACUUAUGAUGAAUUGAUGGUGUAUUUUCAUAAAAUUUGUUUGUUUAUAUUUAUUUAAGCUCUAAUAGCUGAACAAAACGAACUUCUGUUUUUUCUAAACAAAGAAAAAAUGUUAGGAAUCCUACUUCAGGUUUUCUAAGCCCACUUUCAUUUAAUGUGUGCCAGUUAUAUGAACAUUAAUACACUAAAUAUCUGAAUCUUGCCAAGGUAUUUUUACAGAAAGGGAACACUGAUGUAUUUUUGAUGGGAUGGUCAAAAUAUUUCACUUCACUACAGUAGUUUUUGUAUUUUACCUUCAAUGCAUGUGUUCAAAUUACAGAAUUACGGUGAGGUGGAUUUUUUUUUUUAAAGAAACUUUGAGUAUUUAGACCUAAACAGCAGUGACGUAACAAAAAGUUCUAUUCUGCAUAAAUAAUGUGAACGCAUAACACUUAUACUUUAACUUGACUUUUCUUUGCGGGGGAAAAUAGUGGUGGCGGCGGUCUUGACAAAGAUAAUGUUGACUACUUUAGGCCAAAACAAGACUAACAUACUAAGAAAGCUACAGGCUGGGUCUUCUGAGGGACAUGCAGCUGCUCUCUAAAAUGAUACUGAAUAUGUGAAGAUUUAAAACAUUGAUAUGAAAACAGCUAUUUUUAAAUGGUAUAUUUUUGAACUGGGGCAUAUUGUGCUAUAAAGAAGCACAAGUUGGUGGUGAACAACAUCUACAUUUAGAUAAAUGUGUAGAAUGCUGUCUCUACAGGAUGGUUGCUCCUGGGAGCAUUUACAGGUGCAAACGUGCCUGUAUCUGACCAUUUUGGACUUACAAAUAAGUCUUGCUUGCUCUGUUCAUUCUCAUAGUUCUGAUUCUCAGAAAACGGUUUCCAUUACAGAUGUAAAGAAUCAGGAGUGCCCAGUGUUUCCAGAAUAUACCAAGACAAGGAGAAUAAAUAUCUUCUAACCUCCUUUUAGCCUGCUAUAAGGCAAUGGAGUUGUCAGGGAUUUGCUCCCUUUUUGCAAGGAAAAAGGGUGAGGAUAUAGAAUAAAAAUCCUUUCAUCACAGAUGAACUUAUCCAUUAAUAAGAGAGAAUUUCUAUUAUUGUUGUAUGUGUGUUAAAGAAAAAUCUGUGUGUGCCUACUGCAUUUUGUUUUACAUUAUCCUUGUAAAAAUAGGGUAUUUGUAAUGUGGCCAAUGUCACUGAACCCCCAGAUUGCUACACAGCUGCCCUAGGAAUCACAACUGAGAAUUCUUUGCCUUGGGCUAGUUUCAAGUUAUGUACACUGCUUUAUAUUUUAUGAGCCCUAAAUGUGUGUUUUGAAAUCCAAUAACAGGGAUAACAUGCAUAAAAUUUUGGAUUGACACCCUAAAAUAACGAAUAGACUGGUAAUUUUUAUAUAUACACAAUGCAACAGAAGCGUGCAAUGGUUUAUUGAAAAUCCAUAAAGGUUUUGAGAAGAUUUCUUAGGUCCCAGAGGUUGAUAGUGUAUCUUAUCUGUUGUGCAAUAAUAGAAUUUAAGUAGCAUCAUUCAGCAGUGAUGCUUUUUAUACUUGAAAAAUGUUCUUGGUUAUUUUUUCUUAGUAAUGAAAAAUAUUUGCACUGUUGCAACUUUCUGAUUAUCUUUAUAGAUGUUAAGCAUUUUUACCAGUGUUAAUUUAUUGCACUUGACAUUUGAUAUCUUAGUCUUCUGUCUGUACAAAUGUGAAACUUGCUGUCUUUGAAUGAAUAAUCCUAUCUUCAGCUGAACAAUUAUCCCAAUUGUUCAGUCUUUCCUCUGAGAAUUUAGUAAAACAUGCAAAGUAGUUUGAAAAGUCAGUGCUCUAUAUAUGUGCAUUGUGUACUAUACAGUGACAGUGGCAAUUAUGCAUUGUAGAAAGAGAACUCACUUACCUGUCAGCACACUUCGAGGCAGAUUUAACUGCACUCAUUGGCGAUGUCUACACUCGCGGCUUAUUGCGCAAGUAUGGCAGUUCUUGCGCAAGAAUCCGCAGAGCAUCCACAUGGCUUGCCCGCUCUUGUGCAAAUAAAUUUACAGUACGGGGUGGUAA